CAAAAUGUAAAUGCGUCCUCGUCCAUAACAACUCUCCUAGCAACUGUUUCGGAUGCCUUACCAUGGACGCUAUUUAUUCAUUCAUGCUCAGGUUUGCUAGGCGUACAUUAUGAAGCCUUCAAACGAUAGAGUAUAAAAAAUUCAUUAAUGGACAUUUUUAGAUUUCAAAGUGAAUAUUUGUUAAUUUUAUUAUCAUUAUUAUUAUUAUUAUUAUUAUUAUUAUUAUCAUCAACAUAAAUCUCAAAAGUCAUUUGCUGUGUAUGCUUGAAUCUAUUAGAGCAUUAGAAGGGGGGAGUGUGGCCAUUUUGUACAUUUAAGGAUAAAAAUGUAAACAUUUCUUGAACUAGCUUGUUUCUGCCAAAAACUGACUAAACCUGUUAUCAAAAAAUCAAAAAGAAACAAAUAUGAGGUUCUACAUGUUGUACUGUAUGCAUAUUACGGAUACAAGAGCCGAACCAUGCCUUUUUAAUCAAUUUGAACAGCACAGCUAUAGACUUAAAUUCAAGAUAUAAAAGUUUGAAAAAAUAUAAAAGGAGGUCAUUAGUGUCCACUCUACAACCAUUUGUUGAGAAAAAGGUCAAAACUUGCUUCUUUAAGUUGUAACUUUGUCUCAAAAGAAGGUACCCUAUUCUUAAAUGGGUAUCAAAAAUCAAAAACCAUCAGUUCGCACAAGAUAUUUAUGCGUCUAUGGAAGUACAUUGAAGGUUUAGUAUCAUGCAUUGAAAAAUACAUGUAAAAAAGACAAUUUUUGUUUACCCCUACCUACAAAGCCUCCUCCUAGACCAUGAAUCUUGUCGGUGGAAUUCGCCAUCCUACACUCGAAGCAAUAAAUAAUUCUAUUAUUGUCUAUUUUUCUAGAAAUGGUUUAACUUGGUAAAUGAUAAACGUGCCUAACCAUGGACCCUCACCGCAGUGGUCAGGACGUGUUACGAUGUGAUCUCUGUGAGGAUCCUGGUCCCUCUAUGUACUGUGAUGUUUGUCACACAAAUCUAUGUAAAUCAUGCGUGGGUGAACAUCUCUCUGAUGAGUUGAUAGAACACAGGGUGGUGCCAUUUAGAAAGAGAGGAUCCACUCUUACUUGUACAAAGCAUUCCCCAAAAAUUUGUGAACUUUACUGUGAGCAAUGUAAUGGCCCAAUCUGCUCCCUUUGUGUUUCAUCUGGUGACCAUGAACAACACAAGAAAAUUGACAUUUUUAAACAUUUUGAAAACAAAAAAGCAGAAAUUAAAGAAGAUUUACAAGAGUUAGAGAAUAACAUCUACCCUAUUUACCAAAAUAUUGCAUCAAGGAUCCCAGUUCAAAGAGACAAGGUGAAAGAAAACUCACAAAAAUUGAAAUCAGACAUCAGCAAACAUGGUGAAAUUUUGCAUAGGAAAAUAGAUGCUUUGAUAGAGAAAGAAAAAAAACGAGCUGAUGGAAUAAACAAUAAGUUUCUUGUUGCCUUAAAAAAACAAGAAUAUGAAUACGCAAACUGCAUUUCGGAAAUCAAACAAAGCAUAGUAUGUUUGAGAACAUUACUGGACUCCAAUGACAUAUGUCUUGUCUCCUCAUACAGACUCGAAAUUGACAGAUAUAGAAAAUUGCCAGCCAAACCUAUGAUGGCGAAAACAAUUUUUUUCCCUACAAAUGUUGAUGAAAAAAAACUUUCUGAACAAAUGAGUCAUGCGAGAGGAUCGAUCCUCAGAAAAGAGAAACAAGGGUAUAUAUUGAAAUCUCCAGAUUCAUUAUCUUCUCCCCCAGACAGAACACUCACUGAUCUACCCCAAAUCAUUUCAAACACUGACAUUCAGUAUGAAAAUCCUGGUAAAUUCCGCAGUAUAUCCUGUUUAAAUGAUGAAGAAUUCUGGACUUGUGGCGAUGAUAAUAUAAUGAGACUAUACAAUUUUUCUGGAAAUCUUGUGAAGUCAAUUCAAACCAAGUCAGGAAGAAUGCCAAGAGACAUAGCAGUAACAAAAACUGGAGAUUUAGUUUAUACUGAUCCGUGGAAUUUUACUGUGAACAUAGUGAAAAAUACACAAAUAUAUGACGUAGUCAGACUACAGAAGAAAUGGACACCCGAAUACAUAUGUUGUUCAGCCACUGGUGACUUCCUGGUUGUUAUGUUCAACUUUGAUAAAGGCGAAGUAAAAGUUGUGCGUUACUCUGGCUCCACAGAGAAACAAACUAUUCAGUUCGACUCGGAAGGCCGGCCUCUUUUUUUAAUUCCAAAUGAUCAAUGUGGUACCGAUUGCACUACAUACAUAGCUGAAAAUAGAAAUUUAGACAUAUGUGUGGCUGACGUUCAUAAACAUGCAAUUAUUGUCGUUAAUCGUGCCGGGGAGCUAAGAUUUCGGUACACCAGUAUCACUAAACCAGUUGGCAUCGCUACAGACAGCCAGGGACGAAUCCUGGCAGCAGACAGUCCAAACAAUCGCAUCCACAUCCUGGAUCAAGACGGGCAGUUCCUUCGCUACAUUGAUAAUUGUGACUUAUAUACUAGUACUCCAUGGAGUUUAAGUGUGGACAAUGACGAUAAACUAGUGGUGUUGAUGAAAGACAGUGGUAGUGUGAAGAAGAUCCAAUAUUGUCUGUAAACAAACUGAAUGAUUGGCUUUAAGCCUUGCAUCAUAACAAACCGCGGUGUUGCUUAAUUAUAUGUUGCAUGUAAUUUUAUCGUUGAGAGACUCAAGAUGUAUGUUAUUUUUGUUUUAUUAGAAAAUUAAUGGUAUAUUUGUUGGUAUAUAUUAUUGGUAUAUUAGUUGGUAUGUUACUUAUCAGACUAUUAAAUGCCUUAUCACUUUCACUGUUACAGUAAUCAUUGCUUGAUAUAUCACGUCAUUAGAAUAACUGUUUCUUUAUUCUUAUUUUUUUAAAAAAUAUGGAUAUAAAACAAAAAAUCUGUUACCAAAACUUACUUGAACAUAUUUUUUAGCAUUUUUAAAACAUUAUAUAAACUAGUCUAAUUAUAAGUUUCAUUGUAUCAGGUAGUGCCAGAUUUUGUAACCGUGUUUGUGACAGUUAUUGCCCAAAUUUGUCAACAAAACUUAAUUUUUCAUGAAAUUUAUUUUAAAACAAUAUUUAUAUAUACUUAACAAUAAUUUUCUUGACAAUAACAAAACAAUUAUAACUAAGGAAAUAUGCAAGAGUUAAUAGAUAAAUUCAUAUACUAGUAUUCAUUUCACAUGAAUAAAUGGAAUGAUUCUAAAAUUAAACUUAUAAUUGUCAAAAUUUUGAAUUGCUCUCUCUCUCUCUCUCUCUCUCUCUCUCAUCCUUUCUUACUUUUUUCUCUCCAAUACACAAUUCAUGUUCUACAUUCAUUGCAUGACAAAUUCCAGUAGAAAAUAUUCAGUUCAGUUUGAAAACAAUUACAGAAUUAUACAUGUACUGUGAAUAAAUUUCUCUAAUUCUAUUCUUUUUCUAAUUAAAAAAAACCAUGCUAUUGCUUCUCUACGUAGAAAUUAUUCAAUUUUACCCUGUAAAUAUUAGAACAUCGAUAUAAAUUUUCAAGUAAAAAUUUUGAAACAAUCACUUAAACCAUUUCAUUCAACCAUAAAUAAAAAAUCACAUCUUGUUAUAAUUUCUUCAAUAAAAAUUUACGAGGAUUUUCCGUUUUUCAAACUGAUUUUUUUUCUUUGAAAAAGGUCAAGAGAAACUCAUGUGAAGCACUACUGUUUGACUGUGUGUACAAAACAUAUCACAGAAAAAACUGCAUACAAGGCUAUUUUUGCUGUGUGUUAUUUUCGCCCUUCUUCACUUGCCAAGGCUUGAUUUCGCCAAUACAAAAUUGUGUUUGAAAACAGACAAUAAUAGACAUUAUAAUUCAUUCAGUCUUAAAUUUUCUCGGUGAAAAUAAGGGCAAAAGGAGCGAAAAUAAAACAGGAGCGAAUAUUUCCCUGUUUACAGUAUUCAAGUGUUUGUAAAACCAUUUUACGUUGAGCAAAUAAAAUUAUACAGCUGUUAUAUAAAUCUAGCUUUUCUGAACGAACGAGCUGUGUACCAUUUGAGCAAAAAUAGCAAUCAUAAUAAGUUUUAUAUUAUGAGGAAAAUACGUGAAAGAAAAAUUUUAAAAAUGUAAAAUUAUGAGCAAAUAUAUGACAAUAAAACACGGUUUCAGCAAACAUCCUUACAAUGAAUUGACGCUUACAGCCAAGUGAUUUUCAUUCCCCAAAACUUUAUAACAUGUUGUAAACUUGACGGAUAUAACAAAUUACGCUCAUUACAAUGUAAAAUCGCCCGUCCCCGGCACUUUGUUAUAAGUGUGUUUUACUGUACAAUUAAUAUUUUUCAAUACAUGUAUAAGAAAUGAGAUAGAGCUAAGGAGGUCAAUAAAUGAACCAUGAGAUUUGUUUUAAAAAACUUUACCAUUAACUUUAAUUUUAAUCCAAUAUGCGCUAUUAUUUAGUAAAAAAAAAAUUCUAAUAUAUAAUAAAAAAAACUUGUAUAUUUUCCCACAUCUUUAACAAAAUUCUCCAUUUUUAAGGAGAAAAAUAAUGUUUAAGAAUGGCCAUGACUACAGAGUCCUCUUAAGCCUGUUUGAAGUAACAUCAGUUUAAAAAUUGCACAGUGUAAAUAACAAAGGGAAAAGAACAUUA